AAAGAAGAAGAAGGAGAAGUGACAUCAUUCAGCCAGCGACCUGAGACUCACAACAGAAGUGGGAGAUUCGAACACAACAAAGAGAUUUAUAACCUUAUCCACCUUUAUCAGAACAUGUGAUGCAUUAACUCAACACCUCGCAGACCUCUAACAACCCUUCUUGAUGGCCACCCCGAGCAAGACACCCCCCGGUGCCGAUCCGAAGCAGCUGGAGCGGACUGGGACGGUCCGGGAGAUCGGAUCCCAGGCGGUGUGGUCCCUCUCCUCCUGUAAACCGGGUUUCGGUGUGGAUCAGCUGAGGGAUGACAACCUGGAGACUUACUGGCAGUCUGACGGAUCCCAACCUCACUUAGUCAACAUACAGUUCAGGAGGAGAACGACGGUGAAGAUGUUGUGUAUUUAUGCCGAUUAUAAAUCAGAUGAGAGCUACACACCCAGUAAGAUCUCAGUCAGAGUGGGCAACAACUUCCACAACCUGCAGGAGAUCAGGCAGUUAGAGAUGGUGGAGCCCAGCGGUUGGAUUCACAUCUCUCUGAUGAAUCAGCGGACGAACGAGCCGAUCAGUACCUUCAUGAUCCAGAUCGCCGUGCUCGCCAACCACCAGAACGGCAGAGACACGCACAUGCGGCAGAUCAAAGUCUACACGCCCGUGGAGGAGAGCUCCAUCGGGAAGUUCCCACGAUGCACCACGGUCGACUUCAUGAUGUACCGCACCAUCAGGUGAUCUGGACUGAAACGGGACCUCCGCUGUGCUCCUGGAAAGGUCGACACAGAAAAGAGGAAAAUGCGUUGAUCAGUCUUACUUUACUCAUCGUUAUCUCUUUUAAAUACAGUAUUGAUAUUUUAAAUUAAGCUGCCAACGUUGAAUAUAGCCACAUUUACAGAUGUUGAUAAUGGGACAUUAUAAGUUUAUAUGUUGUGAUGUGAAGAGUUUAACUCCAGAACAAAGUGAAUAAAGGUUUAGCGACACAUUUCCCCACAUAGACCGGAUCUUUCUGCACACGGACAGUAAACACUGAACCAUUUCUUUAUUUUUUACUUCAACUCAGGAGCCGGACGCAGUUCAUUAAGAUGCCAAAAUGUUUUUUUACACAGUUCAAAAAGCCCAAACUGCUGUGCCUACAGACCGUCUCCUGUUGUGGAUUUGUUUGUGAAUGUUGAAUUAAAUGUGUUUCAAAGCAA